AUGUGCGAGAAUUUUUUACGCGUGGCCGAACUUGUUCUGUCCUGGAAUUUUGAAGAACAUCGUUUUCCGAUACGUAUCUCAUACGCCGAUGAAUCGUCACCAGCAGCUACACUGCGACCGCCAUAUUCUUGGAAAGAGAUCUUUCGCUCCGACAAUUUUCUGUGUAUUUUCUUCGAGUUGCACAAACGUGUACGCCAUAAGGAAACGAUGCGUACAUCGUCGAUGAACUGUCUCAUCCAGCUGUCUUCGUUAAUGGGUGUUGUACUGAUGUAUGAGGAUCCGGUUGAUUCUGCCGAACCUUUGUGUUCUUUGACUCCGACCCUCAACUGCUACGACAAAUACGUCGCCAAUUUUGUUAUCGGAUUUUUGGAUGCCUUUGGCGGAGGUCUGCUUGACAGUGAAUUAAUUGGCGUUUCGUUGAUUAUCUACAAAUUGAUAACUUAUCAUCAGAUAUAUGCAUUUGGUCGUAUCGGAGAACCAUUCGUGAAAUUUGUGGAUUUUCUUGUCCAGUUUAUGACGAAAUUUGCAUCUCUUGCGAUGCAAAAAGCACUGAUUAAGAGUUUUAGAGGUCUGCUUGACAGUGAAUUAAUUGGCGUUUCGUUGAUUAUCUACAAAUUGAUAACUUAUCAUCAGAUAUAUGCAUUUGGUCGUAUCGGAGAACCAUUCGUGAAAUUUGUGGAUUUUCUUGUCCAGUUUAUGACGAAAUUUGCAUCUCUUGCAAUGCAAAAAGCACUGGCAGAAGACGAUCAUGCAUAUGUGGAUGCUUUGCAAAAUCUGUGCGAAGCAUGGUGGGUUAUACUUCGAAACAGUGAAGAUAUCAAUGAUCUUGGCAAUUUUUCGAUUGACUUUAAGCAGUCAACAGUGGGUUUUGUAACGGCAUUCAUUCCGGUUCGUGAAUGCGAUGAAAUGAAUGAUGAGGAUGAUCGGGAAGUGUUUGGUCAAAUUUUGGACAGUGUUGGGCGAUUCGCUUCCAAUUAUGUAUAUGAGACUUUGCCACUGAUUUUGCGAGAGCUGCACGUUCAAAUACAGCUAGCUUUGGAUCAUAUAAUAUCGUAUGGUUAUGCUGAACUUGAAACAUGGCGUGAGGAUAUGCACUGGAUUCUACUGCUUAUUGGUCAUAUGACAACAACGGGAAUGGAAGAUAACAGUGCCAGUUUUAUGACGGAAAUUACGGAAGAUUUUGUUACAAAUGUAAAACAAGGUUUCAUGGACAUCCGUAUUGUUGAACAGUAUAUUAACGGAUGCAUUGAUUCACCACGAUCAAUCCUUACACCUCCACCCGUUGUUCCGAUUGUACAAAUAAUAGGAUCUGUGAUUGCGUGGUGCGCAAUAGAGCAUAAAUGGGUUAUAGAAGGCGAAGGGCAAAUAGCAAGUCCAGAAUUAAUGCGAACAUCGAUUUGGUGUUUGACACGACUGUUUUCGGCAAUUGGACUUUACACUGGUCCUCAAUUUGAGGAUUCAUUGGAAGUGGUUGCAAGACGACUUUCGCCAAAUCUGGUCGAUUUCGCUAUUACAAAAGCAUUUGGCAUAUUAUCCAAAUGGCCUGGAGAGACAAAACUUUGUAAAGAAGCCACCGAAUUACUUGUACAGUUAUCGCACGCUCACGGUGAACAAACAGCACGAAGUACACGUCUGAUCCCGUGCCUUACAGCAAUAUCUGUUGAUCAUCUGCCGGCUCGACGUUCACUGCUGGCUGCACUUGCACGAAUCAGCACCUCAGUUGAUGAUGAACAGUACCGAAAUUCAUUUUGCGGAAUGCUUCUGCAACCACUUCGUGACAAAUACAAUUCGCUAUGCCAAAAUCCAGAAGCUCGCGAAACGGAUCUCCUCGAUCUCAUCGAUUGUUUCUGUGGUAUUGCUGAUUCGAUUCAGUAUCAAUAUUUGUGUCCAAUUCUGAAAACCUCAGUUGCCUUGUUCUCGAUGCGCAAGGGAUCUCAGCCGCUCAUCAGUGCUGUUUUUGAUCUUUUCAAUGCUACCACAAAGAAAACUUCUCUGUUCCUCGACAAUCGUUCUUGUGUGGCCGAUAUACAUUCGGUAGGUGUGGAAAUUAUUUUUUUUUUUUGA